UAUUUGUUUGUUGGGCAAAAUUUCUUAUUCUUGUUUUAUUUUGGUUCCAGAAUUUAUUGGUCUAGAUGAAGAAUUCCGAAAACACACGGGCACACGAAAGUGUGAUCGCGAAACUAAUGGGUUUCGAUGAGGUGUUGCUCCCUCCUCAACAGCCUGUCCGUGAAAAACGGAGAUUGUUGUCUGAAAAUUACGUCCGAAAGGCUGCUUCCAUAGGCUUACCACCUAGGAGUUUGCAUGGAGUUCGGAUAUCUAAGAGCAAGAAAGAUAACGUUGUUGACAAAGUCAAGAAGGUUAAAAGAAGCCCAAAAUCAUUAUCGAGAGGUAACGAUGAAGAAAGAAGAUCGUGUGGCAAAAAAGGUGACGAUUAUGUUCGAAGAAAUGUUUUGAGAUAUCUGCAAAAACUUGAGUAUUAUAGGCCUAAAGGUGACUUUGAUGAGCUUCGUGUUAAUUACAUGAUUGAUAAGCCUUGCAUUUUCUCGACUAGCAUGAGUAUAUUCAAACCAAAUUUGAUGAGAUUAUUAGAUAAACCGGAAGAUUUGAAGUUGGAUCGGCAUUCCACGUAUAAGCAACUAGUGAACAAUGGUAUUGUAUCUACCAGACAUAGUUGUAUUGCCUGCACACGAACUAUGAACAGAAUCUGUCGACAAGAACAGGGUAGAAGCAAAUUUUGGGAGGUGUCGUCGAAACCAGGAAACGUUAAUGAAUCUGAAAAGCAAAGUUCUGAUUUGUUGACCAAAAAGUCUAAAAAAGUUGACGUUUGUCGGAGGCACCAAUCUAUUGAUGAGAUGCUUAUUUUGGCUGAUGAGAAAUCGAGUGAAGGAGAUAGCAAGUUGAUGGAGCAAACAGUUUCGUAUGCUGAAUGUGUAGGUGAUACUGCAUAUGCUAGUGCUGAAUCAUUUAACGGAGGUGUUUCUUCUAGAAUCAGUGGCGGCCCCCACUCGAACUCAGAAUAUGCUCAAGAAGUUCUCAGCGAAGAGGCAUCGCUAGAUGAAUUAUCCGAUGAAAACUUGACUUAUUCAAACCUGAAGAAAACCAGCCAGCAUAGUCCCGACUCUGUUCUUGAGCCAUGUGAUAUACAAAAUUCUUCGAAUUUUGAAUACUUCGACCGCAUAGGGCUGCAAAUGCAACUUCAAGCUUUAAACAUAGAGUCCGAAGAAACUUACUCCGAAGGAUCGAUUAUGGCUGUAUCAGAUGAAGACGAUUUUUUCGAUGAAUUUCGUGAUCUCUCUCACGAUGGCAGAAAGAUUAAGAGGUGGCUCGGAGAUGAUUAUCAAAGUAGGAAUUAUUCUUACAUGAUUGAUGUGUUAGACGAAUCCGGAUUUUAUGGUACGAAAUUGUUAACGGAUUUGAAAUACCCGAUAUGCCCCUCGGUGUUCGAUGCGUUAGAGAAAACAUAUGGCAAACAGACAUCUUGGCAAAAGUGCGAAAGACAGCUGCUAUUCGACUGUAUAAACUCAGCCUUGAACUUUCGUUUCUCUGCAAGAAGACGAUUCCGUCCCUGUUUGAAACGCGGUGAGGUUGAAGACGAGAUAUGGGGGGUGCUGACUAGGCAGGAAAAAGAAACGGGAAAAGAUUUUUGCGAUAAGGAUUUAGAGAAAUGGUUGGGGUUUGAAGAAGGUGUUGAUAUUGUCUGUACAGAGAUGGAGAAUUCUUUAUUCGAUGAUUUGGUGAUGGAGUUGGUUAGUUCGUCGGAUUGAUGAAACGAGUUUUUUUUUUUUUUUAAUUUCCCGUCUCGUUUCCUUUCUACACUUAGUGGUGGAUGUAUGUAGUGUUUGUUGUCUAAGUAUAAGGAUCAGGGGAAUGAAUUAGCGUAUACGUGUGUAUAUCAGCAUAUGUACGAUUUUUGGUGUUUUGCGAGAACGAAAAAAGAAUACGAAGAUGAGUGAGAGUUGGUUUUU